AUGAAACUGGAGCCGACCACUGCCGCUCUCCUUGAGGCUAUCCUUGCCCUCACAAACCAAGUUGGGUCCUUGCAAGCCCAAAUUUCAUCUCAAGGCCAACAGCUUGCGGAGCUUAAAGCCAUAUGCAAGGAAUCUGCCAACCUCCUUGGCAACAAGGACCAAGGGAAACAAACCCAGCCUGGCCCAUCGACUGGGCCUACCACCCCUCCAACCCACACAGGAGGGGAAACCAACACUCCAGGUACGGUUAGGCCUGGACUCAAGGCCCCAUUUAGGCCAUCAAGAGGCACAGGGUUUGACUCUGAGGAAGAAGAGGAGCCAAGAAGAACCCCCAAGAAGGAGCCUAUGGGAACGCCUAAACGCUCCCUCAGCUCCCUCACCCCCUUUGAUUCCGGGUCCUCAGUAAAACGGCCCAAAAUGGAAUUACCCAAUCCCUACAAGGGGGACACUAGGGGAAGGAAGGCCACUCAAUGGCUUGAUUGGAUGAUGCUCUGGGUUGCCCUUCAUAGGGACCAAUUUGACAAAGAAGAGCAGAUGGUUGUGUGGAUACUAUACCACAUGACAGACAAGGCAGCCGAUUGGGCACUUCCCCUCAUAGGGGCAAUCAUCAAGGGCAAGGGUAACCCGCCAACCACCAUCCCGGCCUUAACGGCCAAAUUCAAAGAAGCCUUUGCAGAUCCAGACGCAAAGCGGGCGGCCGCCAGGAAAAUUGCUGCGCUUACUCAGACCACCACCACGUCUGAGUACGUCACCAAGUUCCGCAAUCUUAUGGCAGAACUUGACUGGAAUGAAGAGGCGUACAUUGCCCAAUUCACACGCAGCCUUCACUGGAAGGUUAAAGAACUCCUGUCCACCAAUGACAAUAUCCCCAACAAACUGGAGGCUAUAUUUGCCGCCUCCAUCAAGAUUGACAACACCUGUUGGGAGAACAAGGAGAACCGGCCAAAAAAGGCACCCACUAAGUCCCUGGUCACAGCGGCCUCCACCUCCACCACUACCACUCAACGGGUCCGCCUAUCGGAAGACCCUAAUUACGUUACCCCAGAGGAAAGGGACCGUCGCCGCGCGUCAGGCCUUUGUGUCAAGUGCAGUCAAAAAGGGCAUGGCAUCAAACAGUGCCCUAACGGCUGGAAAGCAACUAUCAAAGAGGUUGCCAAGAUAGCUGAGGAGGAAUUGGGAAAAGAAUAA